GGCGCUGGCUUCAUUUCGCCAGAAACGCGUUGUACAACACAUCAAGCAUCUGGAUACUCGUAGACCUUGACGGCCGUCCUAAAUGCCUGUAGCCAUGCCCACUGCCUCCGACCGCUUCGCGCCCAUCUUCGAGGCACUGCGCACGGCGCCAACUGGUCCUGAUGCUAAGGCCGCAGCAGACAAACUCGCCCGCGAAGUGUUGAAGGCCGGCCUGCAGUCUUUGAGCGACGAUGGGAUACUCGAUACGUUACACGCAUACGCUGCGAACAAAAAAUCCGGGUUUGAGCGCGAAUCUGCCGGCGUCGCUUUCCAAGCGCUUGCCUCCACCCUUGGAACGCCAGUUGCCCCCCUCCUGCUCCCUUCUCUCCCGAUCCUUUUCGACUUGUAUAUGGACAAGGGCGAGGUUGUUCGGGCAGCAGCCACUGCGGCCAAUAAGGCGAUCUUGAAGCUUUUCCCACCCGAAGCGACAUCGCUCGUUUUCCGUCAGCUCGAGGUAGUCCUGGAUUCCGGAAAAUGGGGCGCCAAAGUUGGCGCGCUUGAUGCGAUCAGGGCCUUUGUCCCAUCUGCAAGAGAGCAGGUAGCGAACGAGCUAGGCGCGGUGUUGCCAAAGGUGGAGGGCGCAAUGCAUGACACGAAGAAGGAGGUCUCUUCCGCGGCUAUCAAAUGCGCCACGGCCCUUUGUAGCACGCUCGCGAAUGCGGAUCUCACAACUCACAUACCUGCACUGGUCAAGUGUAUGUCCAACCCAGACACGGUGCCGGCUUGCAUCAAGUCUCUCUCCUCCACCACGUUCGUUGCCGAAGUCACCGCCCCGGCGCUUGCCGUGCUUGUCCCCCUCCUUCUCCGCGCGCUCAAUGACCGCAGUAUGGAGGUCCAGCGUCGCACUGUGGUCGUCAUAGACAACCUUGUCAAGCUUGUGCGCACGCCAGCUGUCGCCGCCCGUUACCUCAGCCCGCUGGUCGAAGGUGUUGAGAAGAUCGCCAAAGGCGCCGCAUUCCCUGAGGUCCGCGCCUUCGCGGAUACCGCCCUCAAGACCCUUCUCAAAGCCGGUGCCUCUGCGAGCGCUCCACCCCCGCCUGCUCGUGACACCCAGGGCGAGAUCGCAGCUGCUCGGGCUGCGAUACUGAUAUGUUUGCCUCAGGAACUUCUUCUCGUAUCGCAAGCGACACCGAACGGGCCCCACGAACCUCGCCACUCUCUCCUGGCUAAGGUGAUCGAUUUUGAGGCUGCUUUAGUGGCGGAUCUUGUCCAUGACCGCGACUUCGAUAAUCUUGGCGCUUGGAAACGCUGCGUAGGCUCGUUUCUGGACCCGUGGCUGGGACCAGAUACCGAUGGUUCCGUGGUUGCGGAGCGGGUGCGCACACAUUUCGAGGCGAUAGAUCGUGCUAGAUUUGCUCCUGCCGUCGAUAAUUCAACAGAUGAAGGAGAGCUGUUAUGCGACACUGUCUUCUCUCUUGCAUACGGCGCCCUUCUUUUGCUUUCGCACACGCGUUUGCGUCUCUUCCGCGGUCGGCGCUAUGGCAUUCUCGGCCCGAACGGUGCUGGAAAAUCGACCCUUAUGCGCCAGUUGCGGGAUGGCAAGGUUGAAGGCUUUCCGCCUCAAGACCAGCUCCGUUGUGUGAUGGUCGAGCAUUCGCUCCAGGGCGAAGAUGGUUCACUGUCUAUCAUAGAUUUCAUCGCCGCUGAUAAGCAGCUCAAGGAUGUGCCUCGGGCGAAGAUACGUGACCAGCUACUGGAAGUCGGUUUUGACGACGCCCGGCAAGCGGAGACUGUAGGGGGCUUGUCCGGUGGAUGGAAGAUGAAGCUUGAGCUUGCCAGGGCCAUGCUGUACAACGCCGAUCUGCUCCUUCUUGACGAACCCACCAACCAUCUCGACCGCGCUUCGGUGACCUGGCUAGAAAACUACCUUAAAUCCCAGACAAAUGUUACUUGCUUAAUUGUUAGUCACGAUUCAGGAUUCCUAGACAAUGUAACAACAGACAUCAUGCAUUACGAGGGCAAGAAACUUGUAUUCUAUAGAGGGAACCUGUCCACGUUCGUAGAGGGCCACCCAGAGGCCAAGUCAUACUAUACCCUUGCCGCCACAUCUAUCAAGUUCGCUUUCCCGCCUCCGGGCUCACUCAUGGGUGUUCGGAGCAACACCCGUGCCAUUCUCAAGGUCAACAAUUGCACGUAUACAUACCCCGGGAAAGACAAGCCGAGCUUGUACAACGUCAGCUGUGCGCUAUCGCUAUCGAGCCGUGUCGGUGUCGUCGGGCCUAACGGCGCCGGCAAGUCGACCCUGAUCAAGCUCAUCACCGGCGAGACAGAGCCUCAAGAAGGUACUGUGUACCGCCACCCCUCUCUUCGCAUUGGCUAUGUCUCCCAGCAUGCUACCCAUCACAUCGAGCAUCACCUUGAGAAGACGCCUGUGCAGUAUAUCCAGUGGCGGUUCCAAGACGGCUAUGAUCGCGAAUUGCUCGAAAAGACCACCCGUGUCCUGACCGACGAAGACAAGGCGCUUCUCGAAACCGAGUUCGUUGGAAGCAACGGUUCCAAACGGAAGCUCGAGCUUAUCAUGGGCCGUCAGAAACUCAAGAAAUCGCUCCAAUACGAGGUCAAGUGGCGCGGGCUUGACCAUCGUUUCAACUCCUGGAUUCCGCGUGAACAACUGAUCGAGAAGGGUUUCGGCAAGCUCGUACAGCAGUUUGAUGACCUCGAAAGCUCGCGCGAGGGUGCCGGAUCCCGAGAAACCUCGGGUCAUCUUGUCCGGAAACAUUUGGAGGACAUCGGCUUAGAUGGAGACAUUGCGCAGUACAACGAGAUCAGUGGGCUCAGCGGUGGUCAAAAGAUCAAGUUGGUGAUCGCGGCCUGCUUGUGGAACAACCCUCAGAUCUGCGUUCUCGACGAACCGAGCAACUUCUUAGACCGUGAGGCACUGGGUGGGCUCGCCGUCGCAAUUCGAGAUUGGGCUGGUGCCGUUGUCAUCAUCUCCCAUAACGAGGAGUUCAUCAGCGCGCUGUGUUCUGAGGUGUGGAACGUCGAAAACGGUCGCAUGACCCACAAGGGCAAGGCGUCCGUCGUGGAAGACGCGUUCGACGAUGCAAAAUCUCCGAAGGGCAGCGGCGCCAACACGCCCGCUGGCAGAAAGGGGCGGACUCCCGCUGCGAGCGCAGCUGCUACCCCGGCGGCUAGUGGCGAUGAGGCGCAGGAUGGGACGUCCACGCCUCCCGUGAAGAAGAAAAAGAAGAUGACGAGAAACCAGAUCAAGGCACAGGAGGAAAGGAGAAAGAAGCGCAAACUCGACUGGCUGUCCUUCGGAGGACCCAAACCCGAGGAUACAGACAGUGACUGAGGUCUUUUACUGAGGUUUGUGUUAUUGUUUCUGCAUGCGCAUUAGAGCUGGACUUCAGUCCAUUGUCACUGUACUUCUCUCUGUGAUAGACAUCUAUGCACUGAU